UCAGAAGCCACAACAGCACAGCACAUCUCAUUAAUGAAUCCAUUAUCAAACCAAUCAAAUCCACACCACACAUAUGUUUAAUAUUGAUCAGACACAUAUAAAAGUAAACUAACAUAUCUUCAAACUCUCCAUCCAACUCCAAUCUUUGUCCCCAUGGAUUUCCCAUCUUCUAACAACCAACCAUCCAAGCCGGGCCACAAGCAUCACCAAGUCUCAUCCUCCGAGCUUUUCUCCAGCGCUAAGAUAGUGGCUGAUGCAGCCAAGUCUAGACUUAACAAUGAAAAAAUAGACGAGGGGAAGGCUGCUGGUGCUGCUGCCAAUAUUCUGGGUGCUGCUUCUCAGUACGGCAAGCUUGAAGAGAAAAGCUUCGGCAAGUAUGUAGAACAAGCUGAGGAUUAUCUUCAUAAGUAUCAGUCCUCUCAUUCUACCACCACCGCCGCCGCUGCUGGCCACCAGACUGGCUCAGAUACUUCCACAACAACUCAUUCUACAUCGACUCAGUCAAGCGGUGAACAUGAGAAAUCUUCUGGCUCCGGCGGUGUUGGUGAUUACUUCAAAAUGGCUCAAGGCUUCAUGAAGUAAAACUGUAUAUGUCAAAUCUUUAAUUUCUUCAUGUUUGUUUUGCUUUCCUAUCCGUCUGUGUAUGUUUUAUGACCGCCUAUUUCAGUACUAUGUAUGUGUGUUUGUUCUGUUUAAUGUACUCGAAUUAUAGUACUA